AACACACCUCGACAACCUGACAUCGCGGGCACUGUCACUAAGUACAGUUGUUUUGUUACUGCUGGGGAACUCGGUGCAAUCAUAACACAAAUCUUCCUCCCGAAGCAGAAAUCCUCCAACGCUCCCGUCACCAACUUCACCGUACCUCCGCACCACCGCACCACCACCACCAACAAAACCAACACCACCACAAUGGCAACCCUCACGCCCCCAAACCCCACCGCCAUCAUCGUCGCCGACCUCCCCCCACCACCGCCCCGCCCCUCACAACCCCUCACCAACGCCCCCCGCCUCGGCAUGCCCUUCGACCGGCGCCUACUCCUCACGACCGCAACCUCCUUCGUAUGCGGCUUCACGCUAGGCACCGCGUCCGCGGGCUCGAUGGCGGCGCUGCGGUUCCGCGCGGAGAACGCGCACCGCCUGCCCAUCUCGCAGCCGGGCUGGUACCUGUACCACAAGAGCAAGAACUACUACAAGACGAAGGAGGGCGUGAUCGAGGGGCUGCGCAAGGGGUGCAAGGUGGCUGCGUGGAGCACGGUGUUCUUCGUCGUCGAGGAGAGUCUGGAUGUGUUCCGCGGGACGUGGAAGGCCGGGCGCACGGUCGAGCAGAUGGAGGGCGUCGAUGAGUUGAGUCUCAAGCGGAUUGAUAGGGGUGUGGCUGGGUCGCGGGACUGUGUCAGCGGCGCGCUGGCGGGCAUGGUCACGGGCGGGCUGUGGAGCGCCUGGCAUCAGUUUCCGGUCAGCACGGCGGCGCGGACGAUCCGGUUGGGGCUGGUGGUCGGGCUGGGGUAUGGGCUGGGGCAGGAUGCGUUGGUGUGGGCGAAGAGCCGGUAUGGGGCGGGCGAGGAGGGGGAGAGCUGGAUCUACCGGGGCGCGAAGAACCGGCGGGCGGAGGGCGAGGGCGAGGAGAACGCAGCGUAGGAGGCGUGAGGCUUUGAACGCGAAGACACGCUGCAUGCACACUCGACACUCUCCAGCACGGCCGGCCUACUCCAGCGUCUCCGUGCCUCCGUGGAAACGCUCCAGCCUUCCAAUAACCCCCGCCACUCCAUCCACCCGCACCUCGUCUGCCGCCACAACACUCCCCAACGUCCCCAGCGGUACACCGGCGUGGAUACUUCCGCGAAGUAGGUCGUGUCGUUUUGAUACCGUGCUACCUAGUCUGAGGUUCGCUUGUACCGCACGCGCCGGGG